UAUGAUUACGCAUGCACAGAAACUAUUAAAUACAAGACGGGAUAUUAAAUUAUUCGAUUCAAUUUUAGAAGAUGAAAAAAAAAAAUAUAAUUUAACCAUGGAUGAAUUAGAUAGAAAAAAGAAAGAUAUUGAAAAAAAAGAGUCCGAGCUUCAACAAUAUAUAGCGAAAUAUAAUAAAUUACUUAAAGAUAAUCAACAGAAAAUUGAAAAGGAGAAGCUAAAAAGUUCAAUAGAGAAAGAGCAAAUGAAAAUUAAAAAACAAAAAUUAGACAGGGCAUUAGACCUUUUGAAUCAAAUUUGUCAUGUAGAUAAUCUCAUUGCUGACCAUAAGAUUUAUGAAACUUUCCUACAAGAAGUUGCUAAUCAAUCGGAAAAUUUCGAUAGUAUAGACGAUAUGAUGAAUAGAUAUUAUAGUUUAAAAGCUACUCAUAAAGAUUUGAUGAAAAGAGAACUGCAAUGUCAGAGAGAAGAAGCUGAGAAGAGAGAAGAGAAUCUUCGUCAAAUUCAGAAAACUGAAAAUGAAAUUUUAGAUUACAAUAACCACGCUGCAGCUUUGCAGUUGAAUAUGGAAAAGGCAAGACACGAAGCUCUUAGACAAGAUUAUUUGAAAGAGCAUCGAAUUAAAUCAAUACAACAGAAACAAUUAUUAAUUGGACAAAUAAAAUUAUCUAUAAGCAAUCUAUACUUUAUGACGAGAGAAUUUCAGAAACAUCCUCCACCAAUGACAAAAGAUAUCAGUGAUCAGAUAAUAAGAAUAAAGAAUUUUAUUCGAAAUCUAUCAAAAACUCUAAAAGAAUUAAAGAAACAAAAAGAUUGCAGUAAACCUUGGUGGUGGAAUUUUUGUACAGAAGUUGCUAAACCUGAUGCUAGACCUUUCCUGAAAGAUGACGAUAUUAUAUUCUGCAAGAAUAUUGAACAGACUAGUAUCAAUUUUACAAUUGGAAUUGUAUUGUUGAAAGAUUUACAUGAGGAUUUAGAACUGAUAAAAAAUGCUUAUAGAUCGGGAGUUUGUCGUAUUCAUUCAAUUGUUACAACUAGAAAAGUUUACGUUCGAUUAAUAUUCGAAGAGGUCAAUAGUCAUCCCAUUUCCGACGUUCAACUUGCAGAUGUAGUUCAAAUAUCAUCAUUCGACGAUGAAUUAGCUCUAUACGAGAAACAUUACGAAUAUUUCUAUCUCGUUAAAGUAAUGAAACCUUACCCACUCUUUUCGGAGGAAAUGGCAUUUUCACUUAUGAUGACGUUUUCCUGGAAAAAAUUUGUAGCGAUAAAUGAUAUAGAUGCUGAAGGACUUUACGCAUUUAUUAAAAGAGCGUUUAUGAAUGAAAUCCUUAUUAUUGAUAUAGAAUUUUACGAGAAUGACACAAUUAAAACUAUUAAUGGUAUUGAUAAUAUUUUCACCCAGAUAAAGCUAUUUGGAAAAUUGAAUUUUAUACUUGAAGAGGCCUAUUUUAGAGGAUUAUUCACUCCUGGUUAUGUUUGGGUCUAUUUGAAAAUAUUAAAUCCUAAAGAUUACGAUAAGUUGGAUCCAAGGACUAGGUUCACUGGUCUUUUUACUUUUAGCGUUCCUCAAAAAAGUAGCAUUGAUAAGUCGGACGACGAUCUAUUUAAGGAGAGAAGGAUGCUAUUAGAGAGAAAAAAUUUGCAACAUUUCAAUAUAUGUAUAAAUGGAGCUGUUGAAGUUUGUUAUCAUCAAAUGAUGGCGUACGACCAAAUGAAAGUUGCCACGGAAGCAUUAAUCCAUUCUCUCUCGCAUCUCAAUGUUAACUUUCAUACUGUAGAAAUGGAAGACGCCUGUUCAAAUUCAUUUCCGAAAAGAGCAACAGCAAAUGGAUUAUAUCUUCUUGAAAGUAUAUUAAAUCUCAGAGUUGAUGACGGAUUACUACACCAGUCUUUCAUAUUUCAUAGAGCAAGACACUGUCUAAAUAUGGAGUAUUAUAUACUUUUAAAUGUUCAAAAGAAGAAGAAAGUAGAAGUUGGAAUUUGGAGAAUAUUUCCGGAAGAGAAUCGGCAAUAUCCUUUUAUAGAAACUGGUCAAAUAGAAAUUUUCAGAAAUACAAUAUUCCCCGGAAGAGUUUCAACGAUUCCCCUUGACAUUAAUGAUGAUCUGUUCAAUAUAACAAUAAAAUUAGGAAUAUGCUGCAAUGUAAUAGCAAUACUGCAAUCUAAAUUAUAAUUUUUUGAAUCUAG